AUGGCCGUGAAGAGGUUCUCAUGCGGCGUGGCGGCGACGAGGCAUCCGUCGGCGUUCGCGCAGGCGCGGUCGGCGUCUUUGCCGGUGCGCCACCUCAACAUCGUGCGACUCCUCGGGUGGGCCGCCAACCGCCGGACGCGCCUCCUCUUCUCGACUACCUCCCGAACAUCACCCUCGGCGGCUGCUGCGCAUCGCGGCGGAUCCACCGGCGAGUACGGGUGCAUGACCAAGAUCACGAUGAAGAGCGACGUGUACAGCUUCGGGGUGGUGCUGCUGGAGGCCAUCACGGGGCGGCGGCCGAUGGAGGCGGCGUUCGGGGAGGGGCGGAGCGUGGUGCAGUGGGUGCGCGAGCACCUCCACCAGAAGCGCGACCCCGCGGAGGUGAUCGACCAGCGGCUGCAGGGGAGGCCGGACACGCAGGUGCAGGAGAUGCUGCAGGCGCUCGGGAUCGCGCUGCUGUGCGCCGGCGCGCGGCCCGAGGACUGGCCGACCAUGAAGGACGUGGCGGCGCUGCUGCGUGGCCUCUGGAGCGACGACGGCGCCGAGGCGCGGAAGGUCAGCGGCGGCGGCGGCGGCGGGUGCGGGGCCGGGGCGAGGCCGCUGGACUCGGCCAGGUGGGCCGCUGCGGCCUCCUCCCUUGCCAAACCCACGGCCCAAGCCCAGUCGCAGUCCACGUCCAGCUCGUUGGCGUACUCGAUGUAA